GGGCGGGAGCGCGCAUGUGCGCAGCGCGGCGCGCAGCCGACGCCGCCCGGACCCCGCGCCCCGCGCCCCGGCCCAGGCCCAGGCCCGGCCCGGCCCGGCCGCACCUCGCUGGGCGCCGCAGAGAUGACUGACCCCUUCUGUGUUGGAGGAGGCCGCCGGCUCCAAGGGUCUGGCAAGAGUGGAUCAGGGAAGGGUAGCAGCCGGAAGGAGGUCCGACUUCCCAUGCUACAAGACCCGCUGAAGCUGGGGAUGCCGGUGGCCCACAGUGGACAGACAGUGCCUGGCCAGGCCCCACUCUGCUUUGACACAGGAAGUCCAGCCAGUGACAGGACAGAAGGGAAGAAAAAGGGGCGGCCGAAAGCUGAGAACCAGGCCCUCCGAGACAUCCCUCUCUCCUUGAUGAACCAGUGGAAAGAUGAAUUCAAGGCACAUUCAAGGGUGAAGUGUCCAAACUCGGGGUGCUGGCUGGAGUUUCCCAGCAUCUACGGGCUCAAGUACCAUUACCAGCGGUGCCAAGGGGGCGCCAUCUCAGAUAGGCUGGCCUUUCCUUGCCCCUUCUGCGAGGCCGCAUUCACCUCCAAGACCCAGCUGGAGAAGCACCGGAUUUGGAAUCACAUGGACCAUCCCCUGCCUGCCCCCAAGCCUGGCCCAGUCAACAGGCCGGUCACCAUCAGCCGGCCUGUUGGGGUCAGCAAGCCCAUCGGAGUGAGCAAACCUGUCACCAUUGGCAAGCCAGUGGGAGUCAGCAAGCCCAUUGGUAUCAGCAAGCCGGUCACAGUCAGCAGGCCAGUCACCAAACCUGCACCAGUCACAGCCAGCAGGCCUGUGCCAGUCACCAAAACUGUGCCGGUCACCAAGCCCAUGCCAGUCACCAAGAUUGGGCCGGUCACUAAGCCCAUGCCAAUCACCAAGGCCAUGCCAGUCACUAGACCUGUGCCAGUCACCAAGCCCAUCCCUGUCACCAAACCCGUGCCAGUCACCAAGCUUGUGACAGUUACAAAACCUGUGCCAGUCACCAAGCCAAUGCCGGUCAGCAGGCCCAUUGUGGUCAGCAAGCCAGUGCCGGUCAGCAGGCCCAUUGCCAUCAGCAGACAUACACCACCCUGCAAAAUGUUACUUCUGACCAAGUCUGAAAACAAAGCACCUCGUGCCACAGGGAAGAACAGCAGUAAGAAAAGGGCUUCAGAUAGCCUGGACGCCUGCCCCAUCCUCCCUAAGCAGGCAAGGUCAGAGAAUGGGGAGUAUGGCCCAUCCACCAUGGGCCAGAGCCCAACCUUCCAGCUGAGUGCAGGCUCCAGUAACAGCUCCCUGCUGCCAGGGAGCAGGUCCUCAGCUGGAAAAGAGAUACUUCGGUCUGCAGGCCCUUUAUCCUCACCUGAAGAGGACCCGGAACGCACAAAGCACAGAAGGAAACAGAAAACACCCAAAAAGUUCACAGGGGAGCAGCCAUCCAUCUCAGGAACAUUUGGGCUCAAAGGCCUGGCCAAAGCUGAAGACAAGGCCCGAGUUCAUCGCUCCAAGAAGCAGGAGGGGCCAGGCCCCGAUGAUGUGCGGAAGAAGGUGCUGGCCACUCCCAUCACUCUCUGCAAGGAGGCAGCUGCUCCUGUGGCCCACCCAGCCCCAGGUGGCCCCGAGGAGCAGUGGCAGAGAGCCAUCCAUGAACGGGGGGAGGCUGUGUGCCCCACCUGCAACGUGGUCACCCGGAAGACACUUGUGGGACUCAAGAAGCAUAUGGAAGUGUGUCAGAAGCUUCAGGAGGCACUCAAGUGCCAACACUGCCGGAAACAGUUCAAGUCCAAGGCUGGCCUCAACUAUCACACCAUGGCAGAGCACAGUGCCAAGGCCACUGAUGCUGAGGCCUCUGAGGGUGGGGAACAAGAAGAACGAGAGCGGCUGCGUAAGGUGCUGAAGCAGAUGGGGCGGCUGCGCUGCCCUCAAGAGGGUUGCGGGGCCGCCUUCUCCAGCCUCAUGGGCUAUCAGUACCACCAACGGCGCUGUGGUAAGCCACCCUGCGAGGUAGACAGCCCCUCCUUCCCCUGCGCCCACUGCAGCAAGACAUACCGCUCCAAGGCUGGCCACGACUACCAUGUGCGCUCAGAACACACAGCCCCGCCCUCCGAGGAGCCCACAGAUAAGACCCCUGAGGCUGAAGACCUGGGUGUGGAACGGACCCCAAGUGGUCGCAUUCGCCGCACUUCGGCCCAGGUUGCUGUGUUCCACUUGCAGGAGAUUGCUGAGGAUGAGUUGGCUCAUGACUGGACCAAGAGGCGCAUGAAGGAUGACCUUGUGCCUGAGACUGCAAGGCUCAACUACACUCGGCCGGGCCUCCCUACACUCAACCCCCAGCUCCUGGAGGCAUGGAAGAAUGAAGUCAAGGAGAAGGGCCACGUGAACUGUCCCAAUGAUUGCUGUGAAGCCAUCUACUCCAGUGUGUCUGGACUCAAGGCCCAUCUUGCCAGCUGCAGCAAGGGGGACCACUUGGUGGGGAAAUACCGCUGCCUACUAUGCCCCAAAGAGUUCAGCUCUGAGAGCGGUGUCAAGUACCACAUCCUCAAGACUCAUGCAGAGAAUUGGUUUCGGACCUCAUCUGAUCCACCUACCAGACCCAGGGGCCAGGACUCCUUGAUGCCCAGUAGAGAGAAGAAAAAAAGUCUAGCAGGUGGGAAGAAGCGGGGCCGCAAGCCAAAGGAGUGGUCCCCAGAGGAGUCCGAGUCCAAGCUGCCUCUCCAUCGGGACAACUGGCCUCCAGGAGCUAGAGACAAGGGGGCCCGGGGCUGUACUGGGCGGAAGGUUGGAGCUGGAAAGGCACCAGAAAAGUGAGCCUCUGGGGGGCCCAGCCACUAGGCUGGCCAUCAAGCCCCACUCUGUUCAGAGUUGGGGAACCAGCUUUGACCUCCUGUUCUCCACUCCCCUACCCCUCACCCAUCUGUUCAGUGGGAGUGGCCAGCUUCUCUUCUCCUCCCUGAAAGUAGCCCUUCCUCUUCAGGCUGCCUUGGCACAUCUGGACCGGGCACCCCAAGGUGCCAGGGGCAGCAGCAGAAGUGCAAUAGUUUGGGGGACCAGCUCUUCCCACUGACUAUACUGGCAGAAUCUGAGGCCUUGGCACCAUCAGUGCUGUAGUGCAGAGGAUUCAGAAGGUCUUUGGUCCCCGUCUCUGCCCCCUGGGGCCCAGUGAGGUCCUCCCUCUGGCUCCCCCAAGGCUCAGGUAUGAUCCUGAGCCCAUGGUUCUGGGCUGAGGAGGGCACCUGAGCAGUCUGGCUGUCGCCAUUGGGGCCUCAUCUUCACCCAACACUGGAACUCUGGUAUCCCCAGCUACCUCCCAGGACAGACCCCGUCCAACCACUGCCAUGCUGACCUGACAGCCACCAGUCCUCUCCCAUCUACCCAUCUCUGACCCUUUCCUUUUGUUUUCUACCUCUCUGGGCCUGCCCCCUUCUCUGUCAUCCCUACUGUGCUUCAAGCCACACCCUACUGGUCCAUCUGGUCAUGGUGAGUGAGCUAGCCUCACUGGUCAAAGGAUUGACCCUGCUUAUUUGGCCUGCAGAGAGGCCUAGGUACCCAGCUCCAGCCUGCAACCAAGAGGCUAGUGUUUUCUGCCUCUGGCCUUCUGAAGCUGUAAACGUGAGAUUGGCAGCCUGAGCGCCCCUCUCUGGAGUAAAGAAUGGGGCAAGGGCUGGGCAGAAGGGACCCAUGAGGAGUGGCAUCUGUGGGAGUAGCCUGGUUUCACCAUGCCAGGAUGGCCCAGGAGCCUCACUUGGUGAAAGCCCUCCCUCCCUUUUUCAGCUUGUAUGUCUGCUGGCUUGGUCAUUUGAAACGAGGAACCAAAGGCCAUUGAUGGGUGAGACCUCAGCCAAGGUGGCAGCCCUAAGGCUGGGCUAAACCCCAUUGGGGCUCUGAGGGUGGCCAGGUCUGCCAGAUAGGCAGGGCCAGGCAGGGUGUCUGGCUUCCUGGGGGUAGUAGUACUGCAUGCAGCCUCGUGUUCCAAUCCAUUUGCAGAGAGGAGGCUGGGAGAGGGCUGGAUGAGUGUUUUUCGGUGUGGGGGUUGGGCUGAGGGAUCAGGCUCUGAUCCUGGAUGAUGUGAAUUUUGAUAUUUGCCUGUGUGCGUGUCUCUUGGGUGUUGUGGAUGCCAGUCUUGUUGCUGUGACAAGUAACAACCUUUUUUAAAAUUCUGUUUUUUAUACAAAAAUACCACAAUUUGACAUUUUGGUGCUAAGGGUUUCCUGGUGCCAGAGAUGGGGCUGGGCUGUGGCUCUGGCCAAGGCCCCUCUGCUGUCCAGUAGGCGGUAUUGGCCCCUGCAUCCCUUUUGCCUCCAGGGAAGAGGGGCUCCAGGAGACUUGGGGAUGAGCCUGCUCUACUCUUACUGUCUGAGAGGGAUCUAACUCUCAGUAUCCCUGACCUGAUAUGCUGGGGAAGGGUAGAGAGUGGGCUCCUUACUCCCAUACUCCUUGACCUGAUCAGAAGAUGGCUGCAUUGGUAGAAGUGGGUCUGAUUGCUGGGCGCUGGUGGCUCAUGCCUGUAAUCCUAGCUACUCAGGAGGCUGAGAUCUGAGGUUUGCAGUUUGAAGCCAGCCCAGGCAGGAAGGUCUGUGGAACUCUAUCUCCAGUUAACCACUGGAAAACUGGAAGUGGUGCUGUGGCUCGAAGCGGUAGAGUGCUUGCCUUGAGCAAAAAAGCUCAGGGACUGCACCCAAGCCCAGAGUUCAAGCCCUAAGACUGACCAAAAAAAAAAAAAAAAAAAGUGGAUAUGAUCUAGUGUCAGAGAGUAAGCUGAGGUUUUGAGCAGUGAUGUGCAGCUAGGUAGGGGAAGGGAGGACUUGGUAGGUAUACUUUGCCCUUGUUAUGACAGAGAAAGCUAUAUCCCAACACCUCUGUAUAGUUAUGGCCACCCACCCCAGCCUGGCAGGUACUUGGCACUUGGAGGUAGGUUUCCAGGACAGUCCUUGAAGCCUACAGGAAAUCCUUGGUGUGGGAAGUGGAGAUCCUGGGUGACUUGAUGUUUAGCACUUUAACUCCCUUCUUUGUCUUUGAGAUAAGCAUGGAUGGGGGCUGCUGUCAGAAGUGGCUAUUGGGUUCAACCCUUUCCUUCCAUACUGGCUGGCAAGGGGCAGUGGCAGGAUGGUCUGCAGAGUCCUCCCAAGUGGGUAGGGCCCUGCGCAGGGCACAGCGGGCCUACCUCCCAACUCUGGCUCCAUUGGCCUUUAUAGACACCCUCACUGAGAGGGACCAGUGUGGUAGCCCCCAGGGUGUGAUGAGCAUGGACCUUAGGGUCCAAGCCCUAGACCCUUAGCAAAAUGCAACAGCAGGGGGUCUUUCUGCAGAUCUACCUCUGGCUCAGCACAUGCCCUGCCCUGAGAACAGGAAAGUACCCAAGGGGCUGAUACUUCACACAAGGGAGGAUGCACUUUAUGUUCUUGCCCAGGCAGAUGAGUGCAUGUCUCUCUGGCGGUUCUGAAUGGAGGCCCUAGAAAGGGAGGGUUGUUACAGUGCACCUGCUGGGUGCAAGUGGGUGCUUGCCCUGGAGGCUUGGUUCAGGAGGGCCAGUGGGUCAUUCCUUCUGCUUAGUGACCAUGCGUCCUAAACUUUGGGUUCCUUGUUUUUUGUUUUUUUGUUUUUCAAACUGCAGUUCUCAGUACACAAGUGCAUUUCGAAAGACAGGUUCCAGCUAUCACAUGUAACCAUAUAUAUAUAUAUAUAUACACAUAUAUAUAUUCUAUCUACAAAGUGUUUAUUUGCAAGAUGUUUUCAGGUGAGCUUGGGCCCUGCCCAUGUUGUGACCAUCUAUAUCCAUCCUCGUCCCCGCUCUGCUCCCUGGCCUGAGAGGCGUGGGGGUGGGCCAUCCACUGUAUGUAUUAAAAAUGACUGUAUCAAAUAAAUGUUUAUUGAUUUUCUUUUCCA